AUGGCUGGACGAGGUCUGCAGACGUUCCGUGCCGCGCUGUGCAUUGGCCAGCGGCAAUGGGCAGCGCCCUUCACGUCCAGAUCCUUCACUGCUGCUCCGUCUCCUGCUGCUUCUACUGCAGUGGCUGUACCGACGCGAUCGGCAGACGAGUGGCUGAAGGAUAUCCAGCGACUGGCUACGCAGGAUGUACGGAUUAAACGGUCCAAGCUCUCGUCGUACCUCAAGGCGGUGACGACGAACGAGGAGCUGGAGAAGGCCAAGGAGAUCAUGAAGAUCUACGAGCAGAAGCGCGUGGACCCGGACACGACCGCCGUGGGGCUGUUCGUGAAGAAGGCGCUGGAGCUCAAUGCGCCCGACGUGGUGCUGGACGUGCUGGCGGCCAAUUACCGCAUCGGGUUGUUCCUUGAGCCAGCGUCCCUGAACAAAGUGCUGUGCAAGUUCUUGAAGGACGGCGAGCUGGACAAGGUUUUUACGCUGCACGAGAUUGGCCAGAGCCAGUACAAGGUCAAGAACAGUGACCGCACGUUUGAUAUCCUCAUUCGAGCGGCGAUUGCGCAGCAAGACUAUGACAAGGCCGUGGAGCUGCUCAAGACUGCAGCAGAGGCACGAACGCUGCAGCGUGUGACGUGCAACCAUUUGCUGUUCAAGCUGAAGGACGGGGAGAUGCAGGACAAGAUCGAGGAGGUGGCGGCGCUUAUGAAGACAGCAGGCGUUGAGCCGAACGAGACGACCAAGAAGAUCCUGCAGUAG